AUGGUACUUUUGGUUGCUUCGCAAAGGAGUAACGCAUCGACGCGAUCGAGCAAAGCGCAGAGUAACACUUGCAGCUGUUGGUCAGAUCUCGGAGCAGUCAUCGGUGACGUUCAGAACCAGACCCGGACCUUACCGCUAGGUGCGAUGUAG